AUGAAGAAUCCUUGGACAUAAUAAACUGUUGCUUAAUAAUAAAUUACAUAUGGAAUAUGUUACAAUAUUCUAAAUAAAAAGUAUUAAUUACAAUCAGAAGAAAAAGAUUAAUUUUAAUAUUAAACAAUAUUAAAUAAUGCAAAUAAAAUUUAAGAGAUGAAAUAAAAAUUAGCAAUCUAAAUUAUAGAUUAAUAAUUUGGAGAUAUGAUUGAUCCUAAAAAAUUUGAACAAAGAAUUUAGCAAUUGGCUAAUAUAGAAUAAAUAAUAGACUAAGUUUUAUAAUGUUUAUUAAAAUGUCAAAUAUGUGUAUAAAACAAUAAUGAUACAAAGAGUUUUAUAAGAAAUGAUGGAUCAGUAUAUAUAAAUAUUGCUUUUUAAUAUAAAACUCAAUUCAUUUAAUUAUUAAGAUAGGCUUAAGAGAAAUAAUGUGAAUUAGUUGAUCCCGAUUAAUAAAUAAUUUAAUAAAGAAGAUGUAUAAAGGAGUUAGAUGAAUGGUAAUAAUAAAUAGAAUAGAUAUAUAAUUAGAUAAUAUAAUUAUUAGAUUAAUUAAAUUGA